AUGUCUGACACCUGGGUCGCCAGCCUCUUGCUGCUUGGCCUGCUGGCCGGCCUCCAACAGGCUGCAGCUACAUGUGGUCUCUUCUUCACCUGCCCUAAUGGAUGCUGUGGGAGCAGCUGCUGCCAAGAGUACCAGCCGGAGCGGUAUGAAUUCUUCUCUGGCCCCUUAAGGAUUUUUGUCAUCAUCUUCCUGAUUAUUAUACCCCUCCUGUGCAUCUGCGGCGUGACUAAGCACUUGUAUCUCAGCUGCAGAAAGUCAGAGCAGGAGGCCCCAACAGCGCUCCCGGAACAGCCCCCCAUUGCUCCUGUAGAGAGGGUCACAGCACCCAUUUCUGAGCCCCCGCCCCCCUACAGUGAGAUUAUUCUGAAGCCUGUUCUGGGUCUGCCUCCCUUGGAGCCGCCCCCUCCCUACAGCUUCAGGCCUGAAGAAUAUGCCAGGGUGCGAAUCAUCGACAGCUCCACCUUCUGA